CAGAUCUUCCUGAUCCUGCCUUCCAGCCUCGCGUCCUUGUGAACUCGUCAUGGCAGAUGGAAGCAACCGACAGCAGUCCCCACACACCUCCUCGUCACGCACCUUCACGCGUGUGCCUUCGGCCACGUCGCUCUUGCCGCCGAGCUCGGCUCAAGGUCUGACAGCGGCUGAUCUUCUGUCCCACCAAGCGCUGUUGGAGUCACAAGCUCGCGAGGCCAUUCCGUUCUCCCAUACCACUUGCACAUACUCCAACGGCUAUAUCAGGCAACCAUUGUGGGCUUGUAAAGACUGCGGAGGCGGUGGAGUCUGUGCGGGCUGCUCAGUGGGCUGCCAUGCUUCUCACGAGCUGGUAGAGCUCUUCGCCAAGAGAGGUACGAGGUGUGACUGUGGCACCCUCACACUACAACGCCAUGUGCCUGCAGGUCUGAACGCAGACAAGGUCGGCGAAAGCUCCUCUUCCGCCCUCCAGCCUUGCAACCUUCGAGCAGCACCGCUCAACUUUGCACCAGAGAAUGACCUCAACGUCUAUGGCAAGAAUCACGAUGGUCACUUCUGCUACUGCGAGAAGGGAUACACCUACGAUCCAAUGGAGGAAGAAGAGACUAUGUUCCAAUGCAUGGUCUGUGAAGACUGGCUACAUGAGACUUGUGUCAGCUUGAGGCCCAAGAAGGGAAGGAGGAAAGCCCACCUGGUAGGAGAAGGGCAGGCAGCAGACAGCAGCUCAGAGACCAAACCCCCAGACGCUCCAAUUGCCGUUGCACCAGACCCUGCUGCCCCAUUUUCGGGCCCGUCUGCAAUAUCAAACGAUCAAGAGGAGCAGGAAGGCGACGAUCCUCCGCCUCUGAUAUCGCAUGACUCGUUCGACAAUGUCAUAUGCGAUGCCUGCCUUCGCAAGCACCCUAUACUUCAACAUUACAUUGGCGCCCCCUCAUGGGGCACUUGUCUCCGCCUACCUUCGAACGGUACCAAAUUCACAGAUCUCGAUACUGUGGGAGGCAAUGAGAUUGAGGUGGAAGCGGAUGACGGUCUACGGAAGUAUUUGAUACUGGGCCUGCCGGUCAAUACGGAGUACGCUACAGGAUCCAAUGGGCAGUAUUCAGCAGCAGGAGCAGCUGGCCUGAAGCGCGAGUUGUCUCCGAUCGUCGAAGGAGCCGAUGAUGGAGAUGAGGAGGAGAGUCGUCAGGUCAAGAGGGUAAAGGUAGAAGAAACGCCCACAACAACGCAAGAGCCCGGCGCACCAUCAAUGUCUGCUGAGCCUGGCGCAGCAGAAACGACCAGCAAGGCGCGAUCAGCUGAGGGGCAGACCAGCAACCCAGACGUCACUUCCUCUACCUCUUCUGGCUGCAAGCUGCCGCCCAUCCAUCCUCUUGUUGAGCAUCUCCUCUCAUUGCCCGACCCCCUCGCCUCCACUACGCCUCAUCCCAAUAACCCCGGCAAUGAGCAGCGAUCUGCCUACCGCAUCGACGUAUACCUGGACGAAGGCAGCAAUGAAGAAGGAGAUCUCUCAGAUCCGCUAGGAACUGCCUUUAACGAGGGCGGCCAGAUGCAAGGCUUCCGUAAAGAGAUCUGCCGCUGUCCCUCGUGCUUGGAAGCCUUCAAAGACCUGCCUUUUCUGCUAGAGGAAGAGGAGACCUACUCGCCACCGGCAAGUCAGUCCGGUCUACCUGCGGGUGUGCAAGGCGGAGAUGGAGAUCAAGACGAUGAUGCUCGGUCUGCCUCUUCGCAUUCCUCGACGUACGACCUGGGGCUGGACGCGCUGAACAGGCUACCCCGUGCUCAGACGCUGGAAGCGAUGGAGGGCUACGGAAGAUUGCGGGCCGCUCUGUUUGAGCACUUGCGCCCCUUUGCACAGAGCGGCAAGACGGUGGACGAGGAGAGCAUCCGGCGCUUCUUUGAGGAACAGAGGGAGAGAGACCGGCAAGGCAGGUAGGUGAUUGGCACGCACGCCUGCCUCAGAUCACAUCAGUCCGACGCCUGCCGGAGUAGAUAGCCCGUGUGCGUGAAUAGACGUUGCUUCAUAGCGGCAUUUCCGCGCGAUUGACAUGGUGACCCUGUCUGCUCAGGUCAUUCCAACUCUUUCGGUCUCAAGUAGCACGCACAGCCAUUGUAGACUUCUAAACC